GAGGCCUGUCAACAUUUGCUUUCCUCAUUAAAGAUAACACUAAUGAGCACAACUUUCUCUGUGGUCACCCCCCGCCUUCCCCCAAGACCACAGGAGGGGGUCCGUGUGAGUGGGUUUGUGUGUGCGUGCACGCGUGAGAUAGAUUUAGAGCGUGUGUGUGUGUGUGUGUGUGUGUGUGUGUGCGUAUUCUGUACUAGACUAAAACAAUGGCCCUCUCAGAUUACAUCUCUCUGUCUGUGGAGGCUGCAGAGGAGGGGGCAGAAAUCCAACUGGCUGCCCAUCCCGCCCGUCCCGUCUCAGCCUGCGCUCUGAUUGGCUCGGGCCACUUAUAUAUCUACAACAUGGGUCUAUCAAAGCUCACCACAACUUUCAAACUUUAGUACCAGAAACAGGCAGCAGUCCUGAACAGCAGGAGCUGGAGAGCACGCUGGCAUCCAUCUGUGGGAUUCUACUCUUCUCAGACAGCUUUGAUUCUUCUCAUUUUUGUAGGUUUUCUUGCCAUUUUUUCUCUACAUAUCACUUUUCUUGCUGUCUGUGUAUCUUUUUGUUUGCUCUGUAAUUUUGGCAGCUCGUGUCAUUUCUGUGUGGGACACGAAACUGUAGCAAGUACGACAUAAAAGAGAAAGAAAAAAAGCAACAGGCACUUUCAUUUGCUCGACUUAACCAAGCCGUGUGCCGUCACUCGGGUCGUCUUUGCUGGAAUGAAUAUAUCUGAGUCUAGUUACUGUCAAGAGGCCACCACUCAGCCCAGCCAGGUCGUGGAGCGCGGAGCAUGGGGCCCUUCCUCAAGCCCAGCGGGCCCUGACCGGAGCCACGGAUUUGACCACGGUCUGACCACGGAGCUGGGGUCCCACUCUGGAGGUGCCGCAGUGGCGGCGGAAAGGAGGACGGGCAGCCCGGACUCGACCCGUCCCGGGACGGCCGCCGAUGGGAAGUGUGGGGGCGAGGCGCGGAUCCGCAGGCCCAUGAACGCAUUCAUGGUGUGGGCUAAAGACGAGCGCAAGCGGCUGGCACUGCAGAACCCGGACCUGCAUAAUGCUGUACUGAGCAAAAUGCUGGGUCAGUCCUGGAAGUCCCUGAGCACACUGGACAAGCGUCCAUUUGUAGAGGAAGCGGAGAGGCUCCGGCUGCAGCACCUGCAGGAUCACCCUAACUACAAAUACCGCCCCCGCCGCAAGAAGCAGCCCAAGAAGAUGAAGCGGGUGGAGCCAGGCCUGCUCCUGCACGGCCUGGCGCAAGGCGUGGCCGGAGGAGCUGGAAGCGGAGAGGCCUACCCUCAGCAUCCUCACGCACAUCACCUGCUGCCUUCUUUGGGACACUUCCGGGACCUCCAACCCUCUGGAGCCUCAGAGCUGGAGAUCUACGGCCUGCCCACUCCAGAGAUGUCUCCACUGGACGUGCUGGAAGAGGGUGGAGGCGACUCCGUCUUCUUCCCCCCUCAUAUGCAAGAAGAUGUUGGCCUGGGACCAUGGGUCAACUACCACCAACAUCAGCACCAAAACCACAACCACAACCACCAUGGAGGCCACCACAGUCACUCCAGCCACCACCACCACCCCUCCAACCCUCAUACCCUCCAGCAUGCCCACCCACACCUCAACCACAAGUCCCCUCUGGCCUGCCGGCCCAUCCAGGAAAAGUGCAUGGGCCCCGAGCCUACGAACCCUCCAAGUCUGUACCCUCCCCAGACAAGUAUGGGUCUACCAGACCCAACCAAAGCCCAGCAACCUCCUAGUGCCCCCAUUCAAACUGGCUACUAUGCUCAGAUGUAUGGAACCAGUCAGCAACCACCAGCCUUCACCUCCCAACUGGGGCAACUGUCUCCUCCUCCAGAAUCUUCCAACCCAGCUCCUGCACCAUCCGUUCCCCAGGUCCCUCCACCUUCCCUGGACGCUAGCGACCAGCUCGGGCACUCAGCGGACUUCUGGAAUGAGGUGGACCGCCAUGAGUUCGAGCAGUAUCUGACCACCAGCAGGACUAGAGUGAGCAGGAAUGCAUGUGAGGAGAGCAAUACACUCAUAUCGGCCCUGUCCGACGCCAGCAGUGCCGUCUACUACAGCGCCUGCAUUACUGGAUAAAAAUGUGUUCAACGCUAGCAAAUUGUUGCUAUCUUAACAAAACCUUGUAUCUCUGAAAUGGCAACUUUAGAGGAGAAACUUUCGUAAGAAAACGAGAAAAUAUCCAGAGUAAUUUUGGACCAUUUCUAGUGAUCACGCACACACAAACAAGGGCUUGAUGGAAGGUUUUGAUAUGACAGUAACAAAUCGCUGCUGUCGAAUAAAAAACCUUGUAUCUCCAUUUUUGUUUUUCAGUUUUUGGCGUAAUUUGAAAAAGCCUGUUGUUCUUUACAUUGUGUGUAAAUUUCAUGAAGAAUGGACCAAAAGAAAU